AUGGGUGGAUUAAGCUUUGACAAUUAUCAAAGAAAUCAAUUCUUGUCAACGAAAGGAUUUGGCACACCAAAGGCUACAUCAACAGGUACUACCAUUGUUGGAUGUAAGUUUAAAGGAGGAGUAGUUAUAGCGGCAGAUACUAGAGCUACUGCUGGACCAAUAGUGGCUGAUAAAAACUGCGAGAAAUUGCACAGAUUGGCCCCCAGAAUCUGGUGUGCUGGUGCCGGUACUGCUGCCGACACCGAAAUGGUCACACAAUUGAUAGCUUCUAACCUAGAAUUACACUCGCUCUCACAGAACAGAAAACCGAGAGUUAUAACAGCAUUGACGAUGUUGAAACAGCAUUUAUUUAAAUAUCAAGGGCAUUUAGGUGCAUACUUAAUUGUUGCAGGGGUUGACCCAACUGGAGCUCAUUUGUUAUCGUGCCAAGCCCAUGGAUCAACAGAUGUUGGUCAGUAUCUUUCUUUGGGCUCUGGUUCUUUGGCGGCAAUGGCAGUCUUGGAGACUAAUUGGGAACCUGAUUUAAGCAAAGAACAAGCUAUAAAAUUAUGCGCUAAUGCUAUUGAGCUGGGUAUUUGGAAUGAUUUAGGUUCUGGUUCUAACGUUGAUAUCUGUGUUAUGGAAGUUGGCAAAGAUGCUGAGCUACUUAGAAACUAUUUGACUCCAAAUGUGAGGUCGGAGAAGGCUAAAUCAUACAAGUUCGCCAGAGGAACUACAGCAGUCUUAAAAGAAAGUAUACGCGAUUUAGUUCAUGUCGAAGAGCAAGUUAUUACCUUUAAUACUGGGUUGGAUGCUAUGGAGGUGGAUGCUUAG